AUGGCCUUCCCAUUCCACCUGCAGUCCUGCCUCCCCGCUGCCAUGAGGACCUUGAUUCUACACACAAAACCAAACAUCAGAAAUGUGUCCAACAUGGCUGGGAGCCUGACCUCACUGGAGGGGUACACGGAGCAGCUGAGGGACAUGGUGGCCUUCUUCUUGGACUGUGGCUUCUCCCUGGAAGCAGGCUUGGAGAGGGUGGGCCUCCCCAGAAGAGACUCAGCAGGCCACAGCCCCAUGUGGGGAUACAAGACGACGGUGCCUUGCACCACCACGGCUGGCUUUUGGUGCCUGCUGGUGGUCACAGUGAGCCCCAUCCCCAAGGACCAGCUAGUGCGGGCCAGCUUCUCCACGGGGAACACGGGACGACCCAUUCAUAUCGGUGACCCGGGAUGGUUGGGAAUCAAAGAUCUUUCCAAACCUGACUAUGCGGAUCCUGUGGUGUGUCAGCCAGGGGAUGUUCCAGGGUUCUGGCGUUCUCUGAUGACCAGUCUUGAGGCCGUCAGCAGCUGCAAUACGCACAUGGAGGGCCCCUUCCUGCAGCCUUCCCCCCUCCACCUGGACGCCCCCAUGCUCCACGCAGACCACCGGGGAAUCAGACACCUGGUCUGCAGAGACAAGCUGCUGAGAGCCGCCCUGUCACUGUCCCAUGCCUGCUCAGUGCUGGUCACCACCAGCUUGGCACCCCAUGCAUGUAGCCACGAGCUCCCCGAAGAGAUGGACAGCCCCCCAGGAGCCAUGGCUCUGGCUGCCUUCCUGCAGGCCUCGGAGAAGGAGGUCUCCAUGAUAGUCAACCUGAGAGCCCUGAGUUUGUUUGAGAAGUUUGUCAAGGGUCACCCACUAUGCCAGCUGCAGGGUGUACUCAGGACGGAGAGUGCUCUGAAGACCCAGAUCCCCGUAUUGACCUUCCAAGGUGGGAGCGUUCCAGCAUUCCUCUGCAAAGAUGGGGACCCCAAGCCCCCCAGAUUCGACCAUCUGGUGGCAAUAGACCACUCAGGAAGGGCUGCCGAUGGCAAUUACUACAACACCAGGAAAACGAACAUCAAACACUUGGUUGACCCCAUUGAUGACCUUUUCCUUGCAACACAGAAAAUUCCUGGAAUCUCGUCAACUGGGGUCAGUUACAGGGGCAACGAGCUCAGGAUGGGCAAAGUCAAGGAGGCUGUGAAGAGACACAUAUGAAAUGGAGAUGUGAUCACUUGUGACAUGGAGGCCGACUUUGCAGCUCUUGCAGGUGUUUCUAACUGGGGAGGCUAUGCCUUGGCCUGUGCACUGUACAUCCUAAACUACAGACCUUACCUAACGAAGGCAGUUGGGCCCAGGAGCACCUGGGAAAGGGGACUGGGAUCAGGCCCUUCUGUCCUUGCUAAGGAAGAAAAAAUGCUGGGCAUCCUGGUGCACCACAGAGUCUGGAGCGGGGUCUCCGGCAACGUGGGCAUGGAGGUGGACAGGCUGCCCUUCCACACCACCCACGCCCGGGUCAUCCAGAGGCUGGUGGAUGUCACCCGGUGCGUGUGA